AUGAAGAGGCCUGCUCAGGAAAAAAGCAUGGCAACAAGCAAGCUGCAGACAGGAGAAGGCCGGGAAUCUCUCCGAAGAUUCUCGGAAACUGCUACUGGGCCCCCGGCGCCGCGCGGGGGAGGGGCGAGCAGAGCGAGCGGACCGGAGGAGGCGGAGCGAGGAGGUUGGCUUUGUUCUCGCCCCGCUCCCGCCCCCGCCCCCGCCCUAGAUAUCGCGAGAGGGCGGGCCCGCUUGGCUUCGGCGUCGGCGUCGCUCCCGCGCUGGGGCGCUAGGCCGGUGUCUCUCCGCGAGCCGCGGAUAAAGCGCCCGCGGCCAAGGGCGCGCGAGGAGCCGCCACCCGCGCGGCGUUGGAGCUGGCGUCUUGGUCGUUGUGUGGUGACGACGACGCCGGUAAGCCCUGCGGUGGCGUCGGCCGAGCAGCCCGGCGGGAACGUCGACGAAGAGCUGAGUAAAAAAUCCCAGAAAUGGGAUGAAAUGAACAUCCUGGCGACAUAUCAUCCAGCAGACAAAGACUAUGGUUUAAUGAAAAUAGAUGAACCAAGCACUCCUUAUCAUAGUAUGAUAGGGGAUGAUGAAGAUGCAUAUAGUGAUACAGAAGCCACUGAAGCCAUGACUCCAGAUAUCUUAGCUAAGAAAUUAGCUGCUGCUGAAGGCUCGGAGCCAAAGUAUCGAGUUCGGGAACAAGACAGCAGUGGAGAGGAGGAUAGUGACCUUUCACCUGAAGAACGAGAAAAAAAGCGACAAUUUGAAAUGAAGAGGAAGCUUCACUACAACGAAGGACUGAAUAUUAAAUUAGCUAGGCAGUUAAUUUCAAAAGACCUACAUGAUGAUGAGGAAGAUGAAGACAUGUUAGAGACUGCAGAUGCAGAAAGCAUGAAUACAGAAGAAUCAGAUCAAGGAUCUACUCCAAAUUACCAACAGCAAGAUAAAUCACAAAGUUCAUAGAAGAUACUUGUUCAACACUGCAAUUGUUUGUUAAAUACAAAUCCUGUUGCUAUAAUACACUGCUUCUUGUUCUCUACAAUUCAUGACUUAAAGUACCAAAUGCAUACCAGUUAUUAUAUAUUGCCAAGAAUUAAAUGAUGACCUUAGAGAUUGAUUAGACUGAAAAUGCCUACUUGAUACAAAUAUUCUUGUGCCUAGUACUUCACCACAAAUACAGUGUAAUGUCAUUAGUCCAAAACUGCAUUACUUUUGUAAGAACACUGGUUAAUUUGUAUAAGAUAUUAUAUAGCUUUUUAUGCUUUAGAGGUAAAAACAGUAUCUUUGGGGGAGGGAGGGGAACUAAUUUAUUUUCAUCACUUCUAGAUAUGGUAGCUCUUAUAAAAAGUUUAUUUUUUUUUAAUCAAAAGCCAAUUGGAACAACAGGAUAUAUAAGCUGAUAAAUAUUCAGACUGAAGUGUAUUUUAACACUUGUCUUCAGUCUGUCCUGUUUAAUUGAAAAGGAUUAUAAGAGUUACUGUUGCAUUUCCUGGCCUACUACCUUUAAAAUUCCUGUUGAGUUUCUUUGUGUUUACAAGGAAAGGAUUGAACUUUUUCUCAUCACAACUACCUUUUUUUCAAAAAUAAAUUAUCAGGUUAGACUUGCACUAAUGUCUGCUCUUUUUUUUUUUUGAACACUGGGCAGACUGAAGGUUUUUUUUUGUUUUUCCUUUUUUCGUUUUAUUCACUUUACUCACCGAAGGAAGAGCCUAACAGAUGAGUUUUGGGGUUUUUUAAAAAUAAAUGUAAUUCUACUGUAACUAUCUCAGCAUUCUCUUUAUAUACCUGUCUUAACCUCCUGCUUUUGUGUCCUACUCCUUUACAUACAAACACACACAACUCUUUACCUUUGAAAGGAUCAUUAAGAUUGUCACAUAUUGUCUUUCUCUCACAUAUUCUGUCAUUGCUGCAAUAAUGAAAUUCUUUUGAUCAUCAAUGCUGUUAGUUCUAACACAUGAAGAAAAUAGAUUGAGUAGCAGCAGUACUUUAGACAGGAAAUACAGUUCAACUGCUGAAUUUCUAUACCUCUUUGAUUUACAGCUUGCUAAUUAAAUUGGUAUUAUUAGUUUGUUUGGCUCAAUUAGACUUUAGAAAACAACUAACUGAGGUUUUUUUGCAUGAAGAGAGAAUUGUGUGUAACCAGUGAUAUGAUUGUUCUUGAAUGUAUAGACAGAAGUAAGCCUGGGCAUUUUUUAAUUUAAAAACAUUAAAUAGUCCCUGCUUUAAGGGAAUAUGAUAAUGUAUACUAUGACAAAUGUACUUUAUUCUUCUAACACAGUAAGAACUAUUUGGAUUUUUUCCUGAAAUAUGAAGUGUACAGGAAAGUCCUGUGUAUCUUGGUUUAGUGAUGGUUUCAUUUCUAGUCAAAUAUUUGUAAUUUAAUUUUUUUUAGUACCAAAAGAAUCUGUUAUAUGAACAGACUUUUAAAAUAAUUUCUGUAUAUUAUAUAUAUGAAAAGGCUUUUAUUGAACAGCUUAUCUUCCACUUGUAAGUUUAUGGAAAUAUCAGUGUGUCAAAAUAAAUUAAAAGUGGGAGGAUUC